GGGUAACAAGUGUUGAUUUUCAGGCCGAAGAACUCAAAGCAGCCUGAGCGGGAGGAGAAGAGGGUUCUGGGAUUGGUUCUGCUGAGGGGAGAGAACCUUGUUUCCAUGACGGUAGAGGGCCCUCCCCCUAAAGACACUGGUAUAGCCCGAGUCCCGUUGGCAGGUGUGGCGGGGGGACCAGGUGUGGGCCGGGCCGCUGGUCGUGGGGUUCCUGCAGGAGCGCCGAUGCCUCAGGCUCCGGCCGGACUCGCUGGGCCCGUCAGAGGAGUGGGUGGUCCCUCCCAGCAGGUGAUGACGCCACAGGGCAGAGGGACAGUUGCUGCGGCAGCAGCAGGUGCAAGCAUCGCUGGGGCCCCCACACAGUAUCCACCAGGACGAGGAGCCCCGCCACCAAUGGGCAGGGGAGCUCCGCCUCCAGGUAUGAUGGGUCCACCCCCUGGCAUGCGACCCCCGAUGGGUCCUCCCAUGGGGAUGCCUCCAGGUCGAGGGGCUCCUAUGGGGAUGCCGCCCCCAGGCAUGAGGCCCCCGCCCCCCGGCAUGAGAGGGCCGCCCCCUCCUGGAAUGAGACCACCGCCCCGUCCCUGAAGAGGCUCCGCCCCCUCACUCACCUAUUGUAUAGACUUUUUUUAAAUCUUGUUUGUUUUUUUUAAAUAAAGUUUCCUCAGGAUGUUUGAUUUAA